AUGAAUUUAUCUAUCAUACACAGAUUACGUCCACUUUCUUAUCCCCAAACUGAUUUAUUCUUUUUGAGUUUCAGUUGUUGUUCAGAAUCAUCUAUGGAUAAUGAACUAAGGCAUCAUUGUUCAACAACUCCAAUUGCACUUGUUUGCACCAAAAUUGAUUUUAGAGAUGAUCCAAUCUUUACCAGAGAAUUACUUAUCAAAAAACAUAAAAAGAUUCAAAGUUUUGAACAGGGAAAAUUACUUGCCGAAACAAGCGCUCUGAAAGGUACUGGAAUCAGGGAGCUGAACGAAGUGAUGGUCAAGUCCAUCUGUGUGUGGAAUGAUCCUUCAUUUAAGCAAGUUGUAAAGAAUAGUGAAAAGAAGACUUGUUCCAUGCAAUAAUAACAUGAUUCAAUACGAUCAUUUCUAGAGUUAUACUUGUUUGGUUGAAAUUCUAUAAUUUGUUCGAUAAGUAUCUUUUCUAAAGAGUAUUAAUACUCUAAAGGAUGUGGACAGAGGGUGAGAUAUGGAAUUUAUGGUUUGUAACUGGUGUUUCCCCGCUGAUUGAGGAACUAGUGAAAAUCCAGCUACCCGGUCGGGAAAACUUUAGAUGUUGUUUAGCAGGUGACUACCAUGCUUUGAGUGAUAAAGGAAACUUCCUAUAAGGGUGAUUGUACAGUUUGUAAGGCUUUCCCGCCUGUAUGCAACAGCACAAUAGUCUAUUUUCAGCAUUGGACUGAUAAUGAAGAUAAUAAAUUAAGGUAUUCGGAUUCGGGUGGUGACAGAGAUAAACGCACAAGGCUUGCUGAACUGUUCUUUAACUGUUACAGCAACUUAUCACAGAGCAAUAGUAUAAAAAAACUCUCUACA